UUUACCAAAAAAAGAAAAAAGAAAAAACUUGGGAGAGAAACCAUUAACCACCCUCUCUGGAAGAGACUAACAGCCAUGGCGACGAGCGAGGAAGAGAGGCUUCUGGAGACCCAGUUAGAGCUCCAAUUGCGGGAGCAAAGGGACUCUCUCGCUGCCAUUAACGAUGCCCUUGCUUCUGACCCUUCCAAUCCCGAGCUUCUCGCGGUUUCGGAGGAGCUCGUUCAGGCAAUUAAAGAUGCGGAGGAGGGGCUUCUCCAUCUGAAACGUGCCAGGUUACUUAGAGAAGCUGAUUCAGUGUUACUUGGUUCUGGUCAUGAUCAUAAGGAUGUUAAGGAGGCAGAACAACAACCUUCCGUGGACGCCACUGAAAAUGUUGAGCCUGAACCUUUGGAGGACCCGACCUACAUUGUUGGAUCAAAAUGUCGAUUCCGCCACACUGAUGGCCGUUGGUAUAACGGUCGAAUCGUCGCCGUCGAUGGCUUCAGCUCCGCGAAGAUUUCGUUCCUCACCCCUACAUCGGAAAAUAUGCUGAUGUGCAAGUUCUUUCUGCAGCAACGAUGUCGAUUUGGUAGUAACUGCCGCUUAUCACACGGAGUCGAUGUUCCAUUGUCCUCCCUGAAAAAGUAUAUCCUGACAAUAUGGGACCAGUCACUAGUGGGUUCCAGAAUUUGGGCAAGCUCUGAUAGUAAGGGUGAUCUUUGGAGGGAAGCUGAGCUUGAAUCAUGGGAUGAUUUACUUGGGGCAGGAAAAGUUGUUUUCCGAGAUGAUGGAAGCUCUGCAAACCUGGGGGAUGAGGCUAUUACAUUAUCAGAGUAUGCUGAUAUGAGCAAUGACGAAGAAAGUGAUUCCAGCUCAGACCAAUCUGAUUCUAGUGACUUCGAUGAAGAGGGCUCACAAGGUUUAGGAUUUCUAGAUAGCACCACCCUGCAGCGAGGCAUCCAGAAAGAAACAACCAUAUUUGCCAAGUGGGAGAACCACACUAGAGGUGUAGCCUCCAAGAUGAUGUCUAAUAUGGGUUACCGUGAAGGGAUGGGUUUAGGUGUUUCUGGGCAGGGAAUGUUGGAUCCGAUAUCAGUCCGUGUUCUUCCUGCUAAACAAUCUCUUGAUCAUGCUGUCGAGUCUCUUGAAGGGGAAGAGAGCAAAGAGAAUCAAGGAGGAAAGAAGCGGAGCAGAGGUGGUAAGAGGAAACGUGAUAAAAAGUUCGCAGCAUUGUCUAGGGCAGCAAAAGAGGAAGAGGAAUUGGCUCCAGACGUUUUCAGCCUUAUCAACAACCAACUCACGAAGCAUAGUGAAGCUCUUAAUGGUUCAGUGAAGAAGCAGCAGCAAAAUAAAGAUUCUUUAGAGGGGAGGAAGGUUGAUCGGCGAACUUUGGUUGCAUAUGAUGAUGAAGUGAAGGAUCUGAGAAUGAGGGUUGAGAAGCUUGAAGAAAUGAUUCACAGAAACAGAAAAGAGAAGGUGGUUUACGAGGCGGCUAUGAGGAAACUGACUGAGACAAGGAAAGCGUUGGCCGACGCUGAGGCAGCUCAUACUUCUGCCUCAAAUGCAGUUAUCAGCAAAGAAAAAGAGAAGAGAUGGCUCAAGUUUUGAUGCUUAUUUUGUAUGCGUGAUGUUCAUCUGCAUAACAAGCGGAUCUUCUUGCAUUAAGAUGACAUUUUGGUUGCGUACUUGCAUCUAUUGAUGUUCAGGAAUUUAGUGCAUCCCCUGAUUAUAGAAAGCAUGCUAUCUGUUGAUAUUCAAGAUUGUUCUUUCUGUUUCUGAUAUUCUAUUCUACAAUCUUCCUAAUGUUAAUGGAUGCAAGUAUAUACUUUGUUCAUACCUU